GAAGACUUCGAUCUCUUGGAGUCCUUAGGCGUGGGUGGUUUCGGUGAAGUCUUUCGUGCGCAGCGCAAGCAGGACGGCCACAUUUGUGCCAUCAAAUCCGUUGAUUUGGAAAAGACCGACCCCGAGGUUUUCCAGAUUGAGCUGGAUCAGGCUCGUCAGCUGAAACAUCCCAACGUGGUUCGACUCCUCACCGCCUAUCGAGAUGAAACCGCCUUCUGGCUUGUGAUGGAGCUCUACCCAGGUGGUGAUUUGACGGGUGAGAUCUUGAAGAACAACUUCCGACGUGACGAGGACAUCAAACCGGAAAAUUUUAUGCGCACCACGCCUGACGAAAGGGAGUCUCAACUGGUCCUGAUUGAUUUGGGCGUCUCAGCCAAUCUGAAGGUCACACCCAUCCUGAAUGAGACUGUCGGCACCUUGACGACCAUUGCACCUGAGCUCUUCUUGGGCGACUACGAUGAGAAGUGCGACCUUUGGAGUGUUGGAAUGACUCUCUACAUGUGCGCGGUUUGUAUGGAACCCUGGCAGAAUGCAAAAGGGCACAUGAGUGAAGAAGAGAUGCAAGCGUGUUUGGAGAAUCCGGAAUGGGAAGUGCCCUAUGAUGAGAGGAGAUGGUUCAGGAAGUCCCCUGAAGUCACAGAGCUGGUGAAACAGCUUCUCCAAAGAGAUCCCAAUGUGCGUCCACGAGCACGUGAGGUUUUGGCAACCAACCAGUGGAUUGACAAGACAGGGGAAGAACAACCGGGAUGCUGCGGCUGUUUUGGCUGA